AUGACGGAGAAUCCCUCGUCGACCCGUCCUACCGCCGCCAUCACCACCGCCAACAACAACGCCCCUCCGUCCGUCGUCGUCGUGUUGUUGGUGUGCGGUCUCCCGGGAUGCGGCAAAUCAACUCUUGCUCGAUCAUUGUGCAGUAGUUGCACGGACGAUCCGCAUUCUCCCAUACACGUCGACUACGUGGAAUACGACGCUCUGCAGGAAACCUUGGCUCGUCGCGACAAUCUGACACCCCUCGAAGCCUGGCGUCGGACCCGGACCGUUGCUUUGGAACACGUUCGUUCCUUUUUGACCCACGCCGUGACCACGGGUCCGAUCGUUACAAACACACAACCACAACAACCAGCACAACCACACGUGUUGCUGCUCGACGACAAUUUCCAUUUGCGCGGUAUGCGCCAACAAGUUUACCGUGUUUGUCGAUCAUUCGUCACGCCCACCGUGGCCGUCGCGUUCGGGAUUGCGUGGCUCGCCGUGCCGUCGGACCGGGCCCUGUCCCGCAAUGCGGGUCGGGAUCCGCCGCGGCGCGUGACGACCGUCACGUGGGACCGUCUCGCCGCCGCGGCGGAACCCCCGGACCCCACGCGGUCAUGGGAAACCCACGUGCGGGUCUUUCGUCUGGGCGACCACACUACCGACGACCCGCAUGCGUCCACACGCCACGUAUCCGUACUGCGCGACUGGAUUGCGUCGGCCGCACCACGGAACGACGAAACGGUGCCGUGGCUACCGCCGGUGGUGGAGACGGACGCGGUCCCGGUACCCGCCAACGAGGCGCACGUGCGGGACCAGCAACUGCGACGUCUGGUGCGGGCCGUGGCCGUGUGGCGACCCGAAUGGGCUGCCGUGGCGAACCAAACGCGACGGACUUUGGGGGGUGGUCGUCCGGGAGUCGCCGACACUGCGGCGUUGCGACGAUUGUUUCGUGACGCGUUCGUCGUGGCGUGCGGCCAGGAUUGGGACGAGGCCCACCACCACGAAUUGGACCGUCGUCUCCACGAGGCCGAGAUAUGA